AUGUCUAAACCUCAAAGCUCUGUUGAUCAGUACACACAGCUCAAAAACCAGCUCUCGCAGCAAAUAGUGAAGAAGCAGGAACUAGAUGCACAGCUACAAGCGCUAGAGAGUAGCAUCUAUGAGAAAGAAAACGACUAUUUCAACGAGAGCACUUAUGGCAAUAUCGUCAAGGGAUUUGAUAGCUUCGCCAAGUCAUCUUCUGGUGGCUCAAGCAAACGCAAGAUGGUGUACACCGAUGAUGACCAUAUUUUCAGUCUUCUGUCAGCUACGUUUGUGAGGACAUUGAUGAAGAGACAAGGAACUGGAGGCCCAGACUACGACGAUUUUGAGGAUUCUGUCGAGACGCCUGCGAGUAAUGUACCAAAUGGCAACAAGGAGCAACCUGGAACACCGGGCAGAAAAAGAAAAAACCGUCUAGAAGAGACCAAAUGA